AUGACGAAAUGGAGUGGCACCAUGGGCCAUUAUUGUACCAGUCGAGCUCUUUAUUCUAUACAAGACAUUGCGGUCGAAAGAAACCACAUUCAUCAACCCAAAUCCAGGAUAUUAAAAAUGAUUCACAUUUUCUUCUAUGUUUCUUUUCUGUUCUUCUCCUCUCAUGCUGCUGUUCAAGACUUUUGCGUUGCAAACCUAAAGGGCCCAGAAAGCCCUGCAGGUUACUCUUGCAAGAAGCCUGCUGAAGUUACAGUCGAUGACUUCGUGUUUUCAGGACUAGGUAUGUCUGGAAACACUACAAACAUCUUCAAAGUUGCUGUGAUUCCUGCAUUUGUACCUCAAUUUCCUGGCGUGAACGGCCUUGGACUCUCCAUGGCACGGUUGGACCUAGCCCUAGAUGGUGUCGUACCAACGCACACCCACCCUGGUGCAUCUGAACUUCUACUUGUCAUGCAGGGUUCUAUCCUUGCUGGUUUCAUUUCUUCAGCUAAUCGUGUUUACAUGAAGACACUGCACAAGGGUGAUAUAAUGGUGUUCCCUCAAGGGUUGUUGCAUUUUCAGGUAAAUGCAGGUGCUAUACCGGCCACUGCUUUUGCAACCUUCAGUAGCCCAAGUCCUCGCCUCCAAAUCACCGAUUUUGCGUUGUUUGGAAACAACUUGCCUUCUAAAUUGGUGGUGAAGACAACAUUCCUGGAUUUGGCUCAAGUGAAGAAGCUCAAAGCUGCUCUUGGUGGCACCGGGCGAAGCAUGACCUGA